AUGAAACACACUUUAAUGCUUUUCAAUAAUCUCUACAAAACUAAAAAAUUGUUUUCUGUUGCUACUAUUAUCCAACGAAAGAAUUUUUCUAUUUCGCGAUGGUAUGCUGCACCGUUUGGAAAUCAUGUUUCUGCUAACGAUCCAAAAAUAUUGGUGCAAGAAAGGGAAAUUUUGACGAAGAUUAAAAGUAGAAUCAAGUCCGCACCAGGAUGGAAUGAAUUUUUAGCAUCAGAUAGUGAAGCGAUCGUAAAAGCUGAACGUGAAGAUCACAGUAGCAUCGAAGAGCUUCAACGUCAAACUGUAGAAUUUUUUCAUGAGGAAAAGAAAAAUUAA